ACUGGUAUUUUAACAGGGGUGUGACUUUUGUUAUCCACUGUAUGUCUCUAUAGUCUGUUUAAUAAUUUUACUGAAUACUUAGAUUAGGUUUGCUUUCUACAAAAUUCUGGAUUAAGAAGAAGGAUUAGAAGAAGUAAAGUGGCCAUAUGGUCAGAGUUUGUUGUAGUGUGACUUCGCACCUCAGCACCGUGGCGCAUGGAGACACUUGGAGACGCGUCAAAGCGCAAUUUGGCACCAACAGCCCGGGCCCCUGAUAAAUAGGAGUUUCCUGCUCUUAGCCACAUAUCCUCUGAGGACUUUAAGCAGGACUGAUCACUACUACGAAAGAAGGAACCAUGGAGACUUUUACCGCAAACAACGGAUUAUCUUCUAUUCUUACUGGAAUCAAUGUCUCACAGCAGCCCGGUCGUUUGUGGAGACCGUGGACUGGAACAGAGGACAAAAGUAGCGCACAGAAGGCUCAUAUUCAUGAGGACAUAUCUGCUGUAAGACAUCCCAAAACUCCUCAGGUCGUCCACCCAGUGAAGUUGUACUGGCCCAAAUCCAGAUGCUUUGAUUACUUGUACCAAGACGCAGAAAUGAUGCUGCGUAACUAUCCGGUCCAAGCAACCAUCUGUCCUUAUGAAGACUCCAGCAGCGAUGAAGACAGCGAUGAUGAAGAGGAGGAGAUGGACAAGGAACUGAACUGAACUGAACGUGGCUCUCUGAAGCUGAACACAAACUGUUACAUAUUGCGAUAAUAUAUUUCUCUUAUAACUUAUUUCUGUAAAUAUCUGUAAAUAGACUUUUUUUUAUUUCGCAAGAAUGCAAGCUUAAGUUAUUUAUCUGACAUUUUCUACCUCUUUUGUAUUUUGAUCUAAAUGUAAUAAAAUAUUUCAAAUGAA